GCAGCGUACACGUGACACCCCCUCUGCACACUGCCAAGGCCGCCGACAACAACAUGCAUUUGCAUUUUGAGAAAAACUCCAACACAAGAUGCGACUGCCCGAUACUGUCGUUGUCCUGGAUGGGCAAGGUGCCGGAUGACAUACCGGAGGAGGAAGGAUGGAAACUAAACCGUACCAACUACUAUCAGGAAGGAUGGCUAGCGACGGGGAACGUGCGAGGCAUCGUUGGCGUCACGUUUACGACCUCACACUGCAAGAAAAAUAUCGAUUACCCGCUUCGAACCAACUACAACCUUCGUGGACAUCGGUCCGAUGUGAUCCUAGUUAAGUGGAACGAACCUUACCAGAAGCUGGCAAGCUGUGAUAGUUCCGGCAUUAUCUUCGUGUGGAUUAAGUACGAAGGACGAUGGAGCGUCGAGCUCAUUAACGAUCGUAACACACCGGUGACACACUUUUCCUGGUCACACGAUGGACGGAUGGCGUUAAUCUGCUACCAGGAUGGAUUUGUGCUGGUGGGUUCGGUCGCUGGUCAGCGGUAUUGGUCGUCGAUGUUGAAUCUGGACGCAACCAUCACCUGCGGCAUCUGGACACCGGACGAUCAGCAGGUGUACUUCGGCACCACCCAGGGACAAAUCAUUGUGAUGGACGUACACGGUGCAAUGGUGUCGCAAGUGCCGCUCAGUUCCGACGUCGGCAUUACCGCGAUGGCGUGGUCCUGCGAAAAGUUCAAAAUGGAGGAAGGGGAAGAUACAGAACCGGGCGUUACCAAUGCGUCGAAGCGUAGCUUCGUGCUGGCCGUGAGCUUCCAGAACGGGUAUAUCUAUCUGCUGAAGUCGUACGACGAUAUUACCCCGAGCCAAAUCCACACGGGCAUGAACGGUGAGCUAGGAUUUGUGAUGGAGUGGAGCAACUCGCGGGAACUGUUGGCCGUGGCCGGGACCGAGCUGGGCAGCCCGCACGCGACUGAUAUCCAUGGUGCUACGGUGUACAACAAUCUACUCAAGUUCUACACCGAAUCCGGCAAUCUACUCUAUACCGCCAAAAUUCCAAAUAGUACGUAUCCAGUUUCGGCCCUUACAUGGGGUCAUAAUGAUAAGCGUAUCUUCAUAGCGACGGGAACACAGGUGCAUAUAGCGUGGGUUUCAAGGCGCGUCGCAUCGCUGCAGCUGUUCUGCCGCCUGAAGGUGCAAACCUCGCUCGCUUCGGAAGCAUUGCUGCCAAGACUGCCCUUGCCCGGUCGGAUAAAGGCACUGAUCGGGAAUCUAUUUGCUCAAACUAUACGGUGUUGUGUUCCCGAUUUGAAGUCGUUGCGAGAGUUUGUGUCGCGUCCGCCAGCCUGCUCGACACGAUUGCACUGUACGAUGAUACGACACGACGACGAUUCCAACCAGAGCUCAGGGACUUGCUAUACGCUCUAUUUGGAGUUUCUCGGUGGCCUAGUGCCACUACUCAAAGGCAAACGCACCUCUAAAAUACGGCCAGAAUUUGUGAUAUUCGAUCCUCAGGUUGAUGAAGUUUCUACAUACUGUACAUACUCAUCUGAUUCGACCACCACCACAACUACGACGAAAAGCUCUUCGACGUCUAGUCACUCCACAUCUGGCACGAACGGUCGAUCAGAUAGUUCGGAAAGUGACAUCGAUGAUGAAUGUCGAUCUCCCCGGCUCGAUCGAAAACGAAAGCCUGCGACGAAAAAACGCAACCCUACCAGCAACGAUCGAUCUCCAAAUCAAAAUUCUGACUCGACAGAAAACAAUGAAGAUCUGGCCUACCUCGACACACUACCAGAACACGUGAAGCUUGUCGAAGUAACGUCCAACAUCUGGGGUACAAAGUUUAAAAUACAUGGACUAGCGAAAACCUUACCGGCCAAUCUAGGACAGGUGACGUACAAAACUUCCUUACUACAUCUGCAACCCCGCCAGAUGAAGCUAGUCAUUACGGAGCUCCGUGACGACUUCCCCACCGGUCCGGAUCCAAACUUUAAUCCGAACAUUUUCUCCGAGGAUGAGGAAGAUCAGCAACAUCAGCAACAGCUACAGCAGCAACAUCAGCACCAUCAACAACACACGCAUCAGCUACAGCAUCACUCCCAACACCAUUCCAGCGCAGCACACGGUCAAUCGUUAGGGUCGUCGUCCAGAGAUAGUUCAACGUCGGGUGCAAUUAGUCGAAAGUUGCUUAACGAAAGUGCUCCUCCCAUAGCACCGAUGUCUCCCCGUCCGAACCGGUUUCCUUCGAGACCACGGCGACAGCAGCACCAACCUUCCGCCUUGGCUGGAUGUUCAUCGACGACCGGUGGUCUCUCGCGCAAUGGCGUACCAGGAUUGGGUCCGUUGGCACGUGCUGAAUCGUACGAGGAUGAUACGGACGGGGCAGAAUCGUCCGUUGUGGUCGUGAGUGAUCUCCACAGUGCUGCUGCUCGAACGCCUCCCCGGCAAAGCAUAGGCUACAGUCUCGUUAGUCGACCAUCGUCUGCCUCUAGCAAUCAAUCGCGUGUUGCCAUCAGCCCACUGUACUGUGAGGGAUCCGUGCCAACGCUGCAAUCACCGAAGAAUGCUGUUGCACCGAGCGACAUCAUUUUCGAUCGUCCACCAGCAGGACAGACCACGCUUAUGAGCUAUUCCAGCAAUAACGACUACAUCGGCAGCUUGAUGCAGGUGAAGAAUGCCCUUAUGUCAUCCGAUCACCAUCAUGGACGCAGCACGAUGAAUACGCCCAUGCCAAUGAACUUAAGUCUCAAUCUGGACCGGUCUGAAGCGAAUCGUGCCAUCUGCACAAACGGGAGCAGUGGGAAGGAUAUACAACCUGCCAACAAUGCUCGUAGCACACCGAAAAAGCAAAACCUCAAGUUUAUCGACGAAGAGUCAACGCCUAGUACUUCAGCUUCCGCAACUGCUGUACCCAACACGACACAGCCUCCUGCUGGCCAAAGCACGACUUCUGCUCCACCAACAACCGUUGCAGAUUCGAACGGACUUGAAACUCCCGUGUCGGAAACGGUACGCGGCAUGCACCGGACACCAACGGUUGCGUCAAUGAUGCCUUUCAUUCCUACGACUUCUUCCGGCGCUACGACGACCCGCAUUCCAGACUCAAUCACGCGUAGCUGCAGUGUAGGCUACCUGGACAACAUGACGAUUGUACCGGGCGAGGAAGCACUCUCAAUAAUGCGACGGGACGCACCCUACAAACGGUUGGUGCUGGUUGACAAAAAACGGCAGAAAAAAUACAAACGCAACUUGGACGAGCUGCGCCAAGCGACAAGAUUACGGGUGGACGCGAAAUCCAAAAGCCUUGACUCCUGCUCGGAUAUUCUGCAGGACGUGCCCAACCUUAACCGCGAUCUCAUCAACCUUUUCCGCCAGAUGCCGAAAGUGAACGAACUGUCCGAGAAUGAAACGGAAUAUUCCUCCUCGGAUCAGAUGAUGGGCGGUGGGAGGAGUAACUUUAAGGAGGUAAACGGUGUGCUUACGAGAAAAGGUGCACCGAUGAAGUUUGGGCCGGGUGUGUCUGGGCAGGGUGGUUCAAAAACUCCCAUACUAAAUCGUAAGGAAAAACCAAAAAGUUGCUCCAUUUGCAAACAAAUCUCACCGACAGUAAACUCCACUGAGCCAGUUUGUGUCAAGUGUCGGAAAAGUGGCACCGGUCAGGAUCCUUCGACCGACGAGCAGAAAAAGGAAUCCUCGGCGAUAAGUGCGACUGUGACGGUCCCACCGAAUGAUUCACAAGUGUUUACGAACGGCCAUGAGGCGGUAAGUGCCGGAAAACCGCCACAAGCACCACCAAAAUCCAAACGUACCACUCUCGGGCAGUAUAUCCGGUCGGCAUGUAGCAACCAUUAUGGAGAUCACGCGAACGGCAAAGAUUCUAGCGGAGCUGCCGGAACAUCCGCUGGGAAAGGUGGUGGAUUUUUCGAUCGAAAGUCCUCAUCCAACAACCAUCAACAGAACUCACAGCAGCCCCAAUCGUCAGGAGGCGAAAGUUCGACAGGAACGAUGUCUGACGCGCCCUCAGCACCAGCUCCGUCCAGCAGCACACCAUCCCGUUCGGUGGCCCGGAUCGUUACGAGCUUCACCGAUAGUCCACUAUUUUCGCGCCGUAACCGACAAGCCAAAGCACUACUAGAAUCCGGUACCGAUUCCAGCAAACCGCCGAGUAGUGAAUCCAGCACACCGAUACUACUUCGCUGGAACGCGAACCGGCACAAUAAGCACAGCAAAGCGGAUUCGGUCGAUUCGCCGAAAAAACAUCGUCGCAACGGUAGCUGUCCGGGACCGGCAAGUAACGAAUCUUCGAUCGAGGGUGGUGAUUCGUCCACCGGAAUGGCCUCAGCAGCCUCGCAAACGGAAGAUCCUCGACCAAGCGGAUCGGGAGGGCACAGCGGACCUGCGGCGGGACUUAUUAGUAGAUGGCGCGAGAUGGAGGAUGGUGGCCGUCAGUCUACACCGCCCGCAUCGCCAGCACGGCUUGCAAGAAGUUCGCCCGCAUCGCCCACUCCAAGCAAGAAGAGCAAGCGCCAUCAGAGUGCGUCACCUAUAAGGCACAUCCUGAACUCUCCGCUACUAAACCGACGGCAGCGAAAAAAGCAACACACCGAAAGCUCGGACGAUGAGAAUGGUGGUGGUGGUGGUGGUGGCAGCAGUCACAACCACAGCAGUCCCAGCAAUCACACGGAUGACAGUAGCGGAAGUACAAGUGCGAAACAGUACCGCGACCUCGAAACGUUCCAGAAGGCACAGCUCCGACAGAAGCUUAAACGGGGAAAGAUCGAACCGAACGGUGUGGCCAGCUCGUCACAGUCACCUGCCCCGGUACGGCGCGAGUUUGUGAUGCACAACAAGGCGCCGAUGUGGAACGAAAACAGUCAGGUGUAUCAGUUGGACUUUGGUGGGCGCGUUACGCAGGAAUCGGCCAAAAACUUUCAAAUCGAAUUUCGUGGCAAACAGGUUAUGCAGUUCGGACGUAUCGAUGGUAACGCGUACACGCUUGACUUUCAGUACCCAUUUUCGGCCCUGCAAGCGUUUGCUGUCGCACUAGCCAACGUUACACAGCGACUUAAGUAGGAAGCGUGUACGUCAAUAAUCGCCUUAA